AGCAUCUACAACAACUGCUCCCCGCUGCUCAUCGCUGCGCGGGACGGGAACGUGGACAUCCUGCAGCAGCUCCUGGACCACGGCGCGGAAACCAACGUUCAGGCCAGGCUGCCCCAGUGGUUGGCCAACUCGGUGGCUUGCUCCGGUCCCCUCUACCUGGCUGCUGCAUACGGGCACCUGGAGUGCUUCAAGAGGCUGCUGCUUUACGGGGCUGAUCCCAACUAUAACUGCACCGAGGAGAGCGUGAUCGCCCACAUCAAGGAGCCCAAGACUCUGCUGGAAACCUGCCUGAGGCACGGCUGCAGGAGCGAGUUCAUCAGACUGCUCAUUGACUUUGGAGCCAACGUGUACUUGCCCAACAUCGCAGUGCAUGAGGCAGCACCCCACAGCGAGGGCCUGGAGCUGCUGCUGCAGGCGAGAGCUCAUCCCAAAUCCUUGAUGGCUCAGUCCCGGCUGGCCAUGAGGCGCCUCCUGAAGCCGGCUGCCCACCUGCACUCCCUUGGGAAGCUGGAGAUCCCAGCGGUGCUGGCAAACUACCUCCAACACCAGCCAUGA